CAAAAUACAAAUAAUACAUCAUCAAUCUCUAUUCUCUUGAAAGAAGUACUGCCAGUACUGGGAAAUUUGUUUAUUAUCUAUGAAAGCUAGAAUCUCCAUUUGACCGAAUUGUAAACAGAAUAAUGGAAGGCUCUUUAUUAGAACCUACUCUAUACACCAUAAAAGGAAUUGCAGUGUUAGAUAAUGAUGGUAACAGAAUUCUUACUAAAUACUAUGACAAAAAUAUAUUCCCUUCAUCUAAAGAGCAGAGAGCUUUUGAACAGAAUUUAUUCAACAAGACACAUAGAGCAAAUGCUGAGAUAAUUAUGUUAGAUGGGCUGACUUGUGUGUACAGGAGUAAUGUAGAUCUAUUCUUCUACAUCAUGGGUAGUUCUCAAGAAAACGAGCUGAUUCUCAUGAAUAUCCUGAACUGCCUGUAUGACUCUGUUAGUCAGAUUUUGAGAAAAAAUGUUGAAAAAAGAGCAGUUUUAGAAUCACUAGACAUUGUUAUGUUAGCAAUGGAUGAAAUAUGUGAUGGAGGACUUUUUUUCCUCACAUCAGAAAAUACAGGGUGCUCGGAACAAACGAUCUACAGGAUUCUCUUCGAAGAGCUGACUCCAUCAAUGCAUCAUACUUGGGGUCUAGCGGGAAUGCUUACAGAGAUAUAGGGUGAGAUAUAUUUGAAAUAUGUAUCAAGUCAUCAAGUGGCAACCCUGCCUAGUUUAUGACAAGUGUCCUCUGUCACUUAAGGAGGGGAGUUUGUCAAUUGUCAUAAGUGAAGCAUUCAUCCAUUAUUAAUUUAACUUCAGAGUUGUACCAAAGAAAACAAGAUUAAUGAAUGAAUGUCAGUAAAUAUGGAUAUUAUUUAUUAAAUAUUGAUACUUAUAAUACUCUAAUGGGAAUUGACGAACCAAAAAGUAUCCAAGGAUGGCAGAGAAGUAUAGAGAUUGAUAUUAGAAAAACCAAGUCAUAGCAGCCACGUUAAGAUGGAGUUCAGAGUGCCAGCAACCUUAAAGUUUGAAGGGAACCUAGCAGAGAACUUCAAAAAGUUCAAACAAAAUUUCGAACUUUUCAUGAUAGCCUCUGGAAAAAGUGUAAGACCUGAUGAAGUAAAGGUAGCUACCUUCCUGAAUAUGAUAGGUGAAGAAGGCGUGGAGGUCUUCAAUACAUUAAAUCUCACAGUUGAAGAUAGGAAAAAAUACACCAAAGUUAUAGCUGAAUUUGAAACUUACAUGAAUCCCAGGAAAAAUAUAGUUUAUGAGAGGUUCAAAUUUUUUACCAGAAAGCAGGAUGAAGGAGAAGCUUUUCUUUUGAUCAUUUUUUGAC